AUGCCUACCGCUGCCCAGGCCUCGCGAAAACCGCGGCUCAUGUUCCACGUGACGUUCCACGUCGCCGACGCCGACGCCGACGAGUUCCUCCGACACCUGCGCACGACGUUCGAGGCCGUCACCGCCGAGCCCGAGUGUCUCUUCGUCGACACGUACUGGGACCCGCGCCACCACGGGACGAUACGGAUCGUCGAGGAGUGGGCCUGCGACAGGGAGUGGUUCGUCAACGUGCAGAUGCCCAAGAAGUACUACGACGCGUACCGCGCGGCGACCGAGGACAUGUACAUCAAAGAGCGUGAGUUUGUGACAAAUCCCCCCUCCCGGCUCUUUUCUACCGGGUUUUGGUUUAGAUUCUCGGUCGGCUAUGAGGUUCUCUAA